AGUAAAGCACUGUUUUGACAUUUCCAAGGCGCCCGCUUCAAAACAAACUGGGUGCAAGAACAUGUCCGUGAUUGUGACUUUGUCCCACUAACUUGCAAGAAAAUGGCCGACACAGGGACAGGCCACAUCGAGCAUGGCGAAACUCCACCAACAUGUGAAACCUGCGAAAGUGACUCUGAAAUUGCAUCCGUCGCGGAGAGCUUAGAAUUAGGUGAUGCUGACUCCGAUACGACAACUCAGUCCAGCCAGAGUAUCCAAGAUGCUCCUAAAAAAUCUAAAAAGAAGUCCGCUAAAAAGACGUCUUCGUCAACUAAGAAGAAAAAGGUGAAGAAGAAAAAGGACAGUUCAUUUGUGGUGGAUUUUAGCAGCACCCAGGAUUCUAAGUCUUCCAAAGACAACCUGCAACAAGCUUUCCAGAAGUACAGAAAAUCCAAACAGAGUGAAUGGAAAGAACAGAUGAAGCUACGCGAGAUACAGAUGAAGAAGCGGACGAACCCAGAAUGUAUGGAAGAGCUCCGUAAGAAGUUUCUUGAACGGGCAAAGAAGUACUUCGGUGUGCCUUAUAAACGAAAGUAUUGGCCCAAAGAUGCUCCUGAGUACAAGUCACCCAUCUUCCUCGACUGCUGCGGCCUUGUGCGCCGGAUCAUGUGGGACCUAAAGUUUGACUUUGGCUUCAAGAUCGGGCCGUGGAACCAAGCAUACAUGUAUGAUACCCUUCCUAUUACAGUACGCAAGGAGGAAGACAUGAAGCCUGGUGAUCUUGUCUUCAUAUCGGCCAUUUAUAACAAUCCGAAAGCCAAAAAGCAGCGUCACAACAUGGUGCAUGUGGAGAUCUGGUUGGGGGACGGCCCCAAGACGAUAGGUGCCCGCUGGCAGAAGGGCAAAGUGCAAGUCUUCGACCAUUACAAGUUCAACGCUACCUCGUACCAUUCUCCUAAAUACACCCUCAAGUCUAUUGACACUUGGUUGAUGGGAAUUUGUCAAAGCUACUGUGAUGUUCACCCCUGGCACCGGAAGGGCAAGAUGUAUGCUCCGUCCACCCGCUCGGUCUUCGCUAAACGAGAUGACAGUGACAUGCAGCAGGCUCAAGAUGACGAUUGUGUGGACGCCAAUGACACUGAUGACGAGCUCAUCAUGACUCCGGACGAUCCUGAGGAGCUCCGGAAAAAGUUGCGCGAUUGUUUGUUAGAGGGAGAAAUUGAAAACACGCCGGAGAUGCAGGACAUGCAGGAAGAACAAGAACAAGAUCUUGGAGAAGAAAUAGAGGAUCAACAGAUGAAUAUCGAAAAUUUCGGUGCUAACGUCGCGUCCGCUGGUCUUGGGAAGAAUCUACGGAAUGGUACUAGAUCGAUUGGUGCUGUUAAGUUGAGUAGUUCACCACAGCAUGCGAAGUUCUUAGGGUCGACCACAGGAGAUUCGAUGGAAACUGCAGCUAACGCUGUUGACGUGAUGUCAAAGGGUCGUUCUAAAGAUGACGGUGGAAACAAUAAGAAUUUUAUAAAAAAGCAGGACAAGCCCUCACCACAGAAACAAGAUAAACAAUCAACAGACAGUGGGGGUCCGAUUAAGUUGAAAAUGACCACGAGUCCGCCUUUACAGCCGGUUGGCAAGGGGCCUGAUAAAGAAUCACAGCGGCGGGUCCCAGUCUCAGCACAAGCAGUUCAGAAAUCUGCACCUGCUGGUACAUCAAGGUCUCAGCCGGGUGCUCCAGCCCAUGGGUCUGUAUCGAACAAUACAUCGUCUAACCCGCAGAAAUCUGCCCCGGCCUCUCAGAGGAGGGGACCGGAAACGAAAUCUGUGACGACACUACCGAAGCCACAGCUGCCGAGUUCUUUAAAGACGGACAAUUCAAAACUGGCAAACGCGCCAUCUGUGAAGAGCCAGCACAAUAAUGGUAAAGUUCCAACGAAAGUUGAUCCGAAGACAUUAGCGAAGACAGAACCAGUCAAACAGAUCUCACCUGGCAUUAAACAAACCAAAUCUGACUCGAAUACAAAAUCUGAUUCUAGUUUCAAUGCAAGCCAAAAGGCGGCCGCCCAGUCUCCCGUGAAGUCUGCACCAGUUUGGAAAUCCUCUCCACCAGCUGCUCAAGUUUCAAAGAUGUCGCCGCAAGUUGCGACGGCAAAAGUGACAUCUCAGAAACAGACAGAUGCCAGCAAGUCUACUCAAGCGCCAGGCGGUCCAACACAGGGGCAGACUUCUUCGGGAACUAAUUCCCCGAAGAGGACAAUGUCCGUGGUAUCGCCCCCAUUCAAGAAUGCGCAAGGCCAAGCUCAAUCGAAUAUGCCACGGGUUCCUCAGAAGACUCGGUCCCCGUCCCCGAAGGCGGAGUGGAAGCCCCCUGGUGCCACAGGUAAUGAAGAAGGGAACCGUAGAUCCUCCGACGCUGGUGCUUCCACGACUAAUAGGAGAUUAUCAGAAUCUGGUGCUUCCAAGUCCUCACCUCCGAGACCAAAACAACAAGAUGAUACUGACAAGAAACAGGAGAAGAGGGAGAGCAUCAAAAGUCCAAACAACUCUCAGGAGAAAACCGAUACGGCUGCAGACGCAUCACUGAAGAAACCAAAAAGACUCCCUCCACCCACUGUCAGCCUGGCAAACAAUCAGACGCCGCUGUUUUACAUCGGAGGCUUCAAUGGAACAGCUUUAGUUGAGAAUGUCCUGACCAAUCUCGGCUGGAAGCGGACGACAGAGAAAUCGUGCGAGAAUUUCCGGUUGAAAUGGACGGAGUGUAAAAGUCAGAUUAACUAUACUAUCUUCAAAGAAGGUGAACAAAUGGUGAAUCACGUUCCAAACUGUACAUUGUUGACAAACAAGCUCGGUUUGAUGAAUAGUCUGCGUGAGUAUGAACGGGUGACCAUGACGAUGAAGAAAGUCCGUCAACCGAGGUUUAAAAUGACGGACAUCAUCCCGGAGACGUACAAUCUCGAUGAACGCAACGAUCGGGAGGCUUUCUAUGAAACUUAUCAAGAGGGUGAGAUGUGGAUAUGUAAGCCGACGGGUCUUAAUCAGGGUAAAGGUAUCUUCUUGGUGAGAGAGCUUGAAGAUGUCACAAAGUUCUUCAGGGAGAGAGAGGAGAAGUUUGCCAACUCAAAGCGCAGUCAGCGGCCAAUGCCAAGGAUUAUUCAGAGGUACCUGAAGGAUCCUCUGCUGAUCCGUGGUUGUAAGUUUGACAUCCGUGCAUACAUGCUCAUCGCCAGUACCGUGCCAUUCAUAGUGCUAUACCACAAGGGAUACAUCCGUCUUUCGUGCCACAAGUAUUGUAAGGACAGUACAGAUCUCACGACACAUCUUACUAACCAGUUUAUUCAAAAGAAGGACCCUCUGUACAAAGACGUGAAAGAGGACACCGUGAUCAACAUGGCGCAGUUUAACGAUUACAUCAACGAGAAGCACAUGGAGCAGAAAGGACUUGAGAAAGACUGGGUCAAAAACACUUGCACGAAACAAAUGCAACGAAUCAUGCUCCAUCUGUUCAACAGCGUACGCCACAAACUGACGGCAAAAGUUGGCUUCUUCGAGUUGUAUGGCCUCGACUUUAUGAUUGACGACGCCAUGAAGGUUUGGUUGAUUGAGGUCAACAUCAACCCAGCCCUCCAUAUCGGCACGGAGAUUCUCAAGGAGACGCUACCUCCAAUGGUGGAGGAGUCGCUAGCCAUCAGCAUAGAAGUCUUCGAGAAGGUACGAAAGAGUCAAGCCAUUUAUCCCAUCCGGGCCAUCAAGAAUUUCACCUACCUCUACUGUGGAGUGGAUCGGCGCUCGUCCAAACAACGCGAGUCGGAGACCCAAGGUCGUGGAUCUCCUCAAAGGGCUCGGAGUGCUUCCCCGAUCAAGGACGAAUGGGUUCCCAGAGGGCGCUCGAACUCAAACUCAAGUCCGUACAUGCAGCCGUUAAACUUACCAAAGAUUAACGCAAAGUAUAAAACAAGUGAUAUUACGGCGAGCGCGAACGGUGUACGGACUUCUAUAGCUGUUACUCCUACUACUAGUGCGACUGAACCGGUCAAAUUGAAAAUGACCCAUUCUGAUGAGGCGUUAGCGUCAGGUUAUAAGACUGAAGUGAAGGUGGGACCACCCAACCGUGGUAACUGAAGAUCCUGGGGCUCUGACGGGGAUGAUUUGUGUCUUUAAAAUAUUUGUUCAUGCUGGAGAAAGCGAUUGGUAUAAAGCCACAUGUUAACCCAGUGGGAUUGUCGGCCAUUUCUUGAUACUAUUAAGGCCUAUCUUGACAUGAGUGUUUCACAUUGCAUAACAUGCGCAAGUUUCUGUUUAUUGGCAGUGCAGUAUAUUAACAAUAAGGCUCUGUUUGUGAUAUAUGCGACGUGAAACACUGACAUGGCUAUAGGCCUUAAUUGAAGGCACCAGAGCAAUAAUCUACAAGCUACCGAUCAGAAAAACUUUUAAAGCAUUUGAAAUUCAAGGUGUGCACUGUCUUUAUACUGAUUUUGUGCUAUCAGUGUGUUUUUUUUAAAAACUAUUUUCUUUUAAGCCUUUUACUGUAACUGGCCGACAUUCGUCACUUACUGUUUUGAUCUAUCCUUCAUUCUUUGAUAGUUUUGUGCAACACGCAUGGUCAUUCUAGGGGGAUUAUCUCAGAUUGGCACAAAAGCAUUUAAAAACCUGACAGCGGGUACCAUGCAGUCUUGUUUUUCACCGCAUUAGUUCAAUACGAGUAGUUGUUUGCCUGGCAUUGGUGGUGGUCUGUGUUACCAUUAUGUUAACUAUGCUAGCAGUGACAGUGCAUGUAAGCCCCACAGCCUUGGUUCACUUCAGCUGACCUCUUCACAUCAGUCUAGUUAACUCUCCUCAGCACGGGCCAUUUUAAUUUCUUCCUGAUGUCUAUUCCAAAAUAGCAUUUCUAUUGUUCCACUCCAUCUUGUGCUGGUGUACCCUAUCUAACUUGUUCUAAAUGUCCCUAUCAUGGUGAGCUCUGUUUUGAGAUGAUAAUCAUUUUUUGUCUGGGAGACUUAUCCUACUUUGCUUGACACGCCUCAUUAUUCAAUGAAGAGAUAUUCUCUCUGCUAAUGCAGGUCUCCAUGUCGUCGGCACUUGAAGAUACCAAAAUCAACUUAUAGUGAUCGAUCAGUCCCCAUAAAAUCUACAGAAAACACACAUAAAACCUCUGCAUGGAGUUGAGAUGUGUGUAUUGUUUGGUAGUUGUGUGAAUCAAUUAAUUGGGGCCUGCUCCAUCGUUACGAUUAUUCACAGCCUAUGAAACUGCACUUUUGUAGCAAGUUUGAAGAGGAGAGAGGUGGAUGUAAAGGACCUUUGAAGAAAAAAUGAACUGAAUCAAAAUGGAAAUGCUAUUCUGUGAUGGAUCAUUGAGUCAAUAGUAGUGUGAGGUGAUGGUUAUUCAUGUGUUGAAUGAUUCCUCUGUGAAAUGUAAUGUUUAAGGAAUUGAACCCGAGGCGGAGGACCUUGGUUGAGUUACCAAGACACUCGAGGGUGGAGCUAAAAUACAGUCCAAACCCGAGCCGACAGGCGAGGGUUUGGACGAAAUUUUAGCUCCACCCGAGAGUGUCUUGGUAACUCAACCAAGGUCCGAAGCCGAGGGUUCAAUUUCUAUUCUAAAAUACCUCAAACUUAAAAAGAUAGGCCACGAAAUAACUUGAAUAUGUGCGAAUUUGGCAAAUUCCAUCCAUCGCCUGCCCGGAGCGCCGGUAGCGCCGUUGUUUACAUUAUGUUACGGCAGCCCGUAUAGGAAGUCCGGAUCGGCUCGCUCAAGUGACGCUAAAAUCCGCGCAAAUGGGCUAUUUGGAGCGUUUUUCUCAGCAAAUAUGUGUAGUGCUCAUUAAAAAACUUAGGGUGGUUGAUGCUUCCUUGGCUGAUUUGUGUUUGAAGCAGUGUUUUGAGAGCCUCAAACUUCUGAAGUGAGCUGUGUGCAUGGUUCCACAUUUUAGUGCAACCCGAGGGAACUUUGGUAGAGCAUCUUGGUUGCGUGUCCAAAACACUCCACUCUCAGAACGAGGCUUAUGCAUUUUCCAUUUAAAAGUUGACUUUACAGUACCAAGGUAUUUUAGAAUAGUUAUUUGACUGCUGGGAUGUUGCUUCAAGGUUGUCCUUGUGAAGUGACAAAUCUUAUUCAGCUUGCUGUUACCACAAGUUGUGGAGUUCCACUAUGUACUUUAAUUGUUUGCCAUGAUGUUAUUUUUUGUUAUGAAUAUACUAUGCAUUAUGACUUCGUCUUCUCCUGUUUGUGGACCAAUAUAUGCAUUACGACUCUGUCCUUUCUUGUUGAUGGAUGAAUAUACAUGUUUGUAUUAUGACACCGUCCUUUCAAAGAUUCUCUGAUAUAGCUUUCAGGGAGAGAAAACAUUCCGCUUUUGCAAACAAUAAGACAGUCCAAAGCUUUGGCCAUUUCAUUGCGCUGCAGAGAGUUUAGUGCUGCAAAUGCUAUCACACUGUUUGUUAAAAAGCAUUGAGAUAGUGAUAACAUGCCAUAUGCUAACUGUGAUAUUAUCAUUGAAUGAGUUACCUCUGUAUUUAAAAUGCAUAAUAGAAACUUAUGUGUAAAUAAUUGUCCGAUUUGCUUUUGAAUGUAAAUUUUCUAUUUAUUUAUUUGAGAUUAUGUUGGAUUCUGUCGUUGGAUCCCAGUUUUAUUAUUGAUGAUGUAUUUUUUAUCACUUCACUUUCUAGCAAGUGAUUGCCUGUAAUAUCUAUUUAUGCAGUUCCUUUCUACAUGUAGUAUUCGGUUUGGCCAGUUGGCCUUUCUUGUCCGGUUUCAAUCAAAAAGGUUCUUUUUAAGCUGAAUAUCCCCUGUUUCCUUUGUUCCUUAUUUAUACUGACAUAAAUGUAUAGAAUAAAGACAGA